AUGCAGGCCAGCCCCCAGAGGAGCCCCUUAGCUGCAGCUGCUAGGCAAAGGCGCGCAGCUGCUGCUGUGGCAGCAGCAACAUUAGCUGCCUCUCCUGUGCGCCGAACACCAGCAGCAGCAGCAGCAACAACAACACCUGCAUUAACACCAGCAGAAGGAGCAGCAACACCAACAGCUCGAGCAAUACCUCCCUCGCCAUUUGCUGCUGCUGCUGCUGCUGCUGUCGGCUGCUUCAACUUCAGCAGCAGAUCAACACAGGCAGCAGCAGGAAAAAGGCCAGCAGGAGAUGCUGCUGUUGCACAGGAGACGCACAGAACAGCAGCAGCAGCAGCAACAGCAGCAGCAGCAGGAGACCCGCAACAAUGGGACCGCUGCAUUGCAGCAGCAGCGGAUCUUUCUAAGGCGUGGAAGGCCCUCAAGGCAGAGGCAAGCAGCAGCAGCAGCAGCAACAGUAGCAACAGCAGCAGCAGCAGCACCACGAGGCUUUACCAUGACGUAGCUCGGCUGUCUCGGCAGCUGCAGCAGCAAAUCGAUGGUUUGCUGUUGCUGCUGCCAACAAUCAGCAGCGAAGGUGACCCUGAAACUACACAGGCUGUAUCAGCAGCAGCAGCAGCAGCAGCAGCAACUGGUGCUGCUGCUGCUGCUGGAUCUGUAGAUACAUCUAAAUGCUGCGACGUUUCUUCUUGCACAGUUGCACUCCCUGCCCCUUCCCCUACCGUAGCCACUGCAGCAACAGCAGCAGCAGCAACACCAGCAGCAGCAGCAGCAGCAGGAGUGAGUGAGUUUGCUGCUGCUGCUGCUGAGGGUACAAUAGAGACACCCUGUGGUGUAUGCCCAUCUGCAGCAGCAAAACUUGUCAGAGCAUUGGGUGUCUGCUCCUGUGAAGCAGCAGAAGGCAGCAGCGCCUUUUUGCUGCUGCCGCAGACUGCAGCAGCAGCAGCAGCAGGAGCAGCAGCAGGAGCAGCAGCAGCAGCAGCAACGGGAGUCGCAGAGGCUGCUGCUGAGAAGACACCUCAAGACUCCUAUAGUCAAACUGCACAAGAUUGCAGCGCGCUGCAGCAGCAGCAGCAGCAGGAGCUACAGCAGCUGCUGGGUGCAGCAGCAACAGCAGCAGCAGAAACGUACGGCUCUUUGCUGUCUAUUGAGUCGCUGCUGCGUGCUGUUGCUGCUGCACUGCAGCAUGAGCAGCAGCAGCAGGAGCUUAGGUUCCUCUUAGAGCAGGCGGAGAACGAUCCUUUCGCAGCGUGGCAGCCACAGCAACAGCAGCAGCAGCAGCUGCUGCAACAGCAGCAGCAGCAGCAGCAGAGACAGCUGCAGCAAGCUGCACAGACACUCCAACAUUUCCUUGUCAAAGAUUUCGAGGGAUUGGCAAAUGCUGUUGCCAGUCGAUGCAUGGCUGGCUUUGCUGCGCUGCAGCAGCAGCUGCUGCAGCAACUGCAGCAGCAGCAGCAGCAGCAGCAGCAGCAAGGGGAACAGCGACAGCAGCAGGAAGCGGUGCUUCUGAUCAUCGGAGAGUGUGGGCGGAGUCUUCUGCAGCAGCUGCUGCAGGUGAGCAGCAGGGAGUUGCAGCAGCAGCGCAGAGGCGGCGCCUCCCUUCUGCGUCACUUCUACCUCCAUUGCAACGCGUAUAUGGCGUUCGCUCGACGAGCCCUAAGGGUGCGUCUCUACUCUGUUGCUGCUGCGCUGCUGCUGCCCCUAAGCCCCGUGCUGCAGCAGCUGCUGUCCCUUCCGUGGGCCCCACAGCUGCAGACAGCAGCAGCAACAGCAGCAGCAACAGCAGCAGCAGCAGCAGCAGCAGCAGCAGGAGCGACGGCUGGAGAGUGUUCUUAUGGGUCUGCUGCAAUGCAAGACAAAGAAGUGGUGGUAAUUGACUCAGACAGCGAAGGAACACAAGGCAGCAGCAGGAAGAACAGCAGCAGCAGCAGCAGCAGCAGCUACAGCAAUAACAGCAUCCAGGCAUAUAACCCAUAUGCAAGACGCGUAGAGUCCCCAUUCAGGGCCUCUCCCUUCGCCACUACCACAGCAGCAGCAGCAGCAGCAGGAUGUUCAAGCACAGCAGCAGGAGCAGCAACAACAACAGCAGCAGCAACAGCAGCAGCAGCAGCAACUGCAGCAGCAACAGCUCUCCAGCGAGCCAAACGAGCGGCUUCAGGCGGUGCUUCAGACACUCCCCACCGCAAGCAUGCCCGCAGUCUGACACAGCAGCAGCAGCAGCAGCAGCAGCAGCAGCAGCAGGACAGUGGCGAGCCGCUGCUUCCUGCAAGGUUUGCCCUUGACGAAGCAGCACAAACCCCACGAAGGAAGCAGCAGCAGGAGAAGAGCUGCCUAUACACCUCACCUGCUGCUUCUCCUUUUAGCCGUACUCCUAAGACGACACCUUUUGCUGCUGCUGCUUCUGCAGCAGCAGCAGCAACACCUGUUUCCGCUGCUGCUGCUGCUGCAGCAACGAGGGCCGCAGCUACAGCAGCAGCAGCAGCACUCUCCCUAGGCAGCCGCAGGGCGAACACCCCGAUUCUUCAUCGGCGACUAACCGAAGCAGCAGCAGCAGCAGCAGCAAGUGCUGCUGCUGCUGCUGCUGCUGUGUCGCCAUUUGCAUGCGCAAGGAACACUCCCUGCAGCACACCAACGCCCUUCCGCAGCAACACCUGUCGAACAGCAGCAGCAGCAGCUGCAACAGCAGCAACAGCAGCAGGUACUUCAACCUUUGGUGCGCUGCAUGUGCAGACGUAUGCAGCACACAUUGGUUUGCUGCAAGCAGCACAAGCAGGGCAGCAGCAGCUAGAAGCAGCAGCAGCAGCAGCAGAACAAUUGCUGCAGCAGCUGCUGUCUUCCUGUAAAAUUGAGGUAUUAGAUUAUAUUGCCUUCUGUGCUGCUGCGGCCUACAAACCGCAUAUACAGCAGCAGCAGCUGCAGCAAAGGCACAUGCUGCAGCAGCAGCAACAACAACUGCAGCAGCAGCAGCAGCAGCAGCAGCAGGACGAAGGAGAGACACUAGGGACAGUCCCUCCUUUGGCUAUAGAGAUAACAGAAAUUCUUCGUGCCUCUGUAACAGCAAAGCUGCAGCUCCACCUGCAGCAGCUGCAGCAACAGCUGCAACAGCAGCAGCAACAGCAGCAGAAGCAACAACUGCAGCAGCGUGAGCAAAUCAAACUAAAGGAAGAAUCUGCCGACAAGUGCAACUGUCAGUCUGAGAGCAGCAGCUGCUGCAACAGCAGCAGCUGCAGCAGCAGCAGCAGCCGCUGCAACAGCAGCAAGGAAUCUUCGAGCUGCUGCUGUCCCCUUACAGCUGUAGGCGACGGUUCAGCAUCAGCAGCAGCAGUGUCUCCAGCGGCAGCAACAGCAGCAGCAGCAGCAACAGCAGCAGAAAGAUGGCCGUUAUGGGGAGCACCUGUGCAUGCGCUGCAGUGUAUCUCCAGCACCGCUCCGCAGGAGGCCUGGGCUGCUGGUGCUGCUUGCAGCAGUCAGCAGCAGCAGCAGCAGCAGCAACAGCAACAGCAGCAGCACGACUCUGAGUUGAGGAUGUGGGUGUCUCGCUUGCUGUGUCUUGACUGGCAAGUGCUGCAGCAGCUGCUAGUAGAGGACAGACUGCAGCACACAGCAGCAGCAGCAGCAGCAAAACCGCUAGAUAGAAUGUGCGUCGUGCUGCUGCUUGGUGCUGCUGUGCAGCAGCAGCAGCCUCAAAGCCUGCAUGCUGCUGCUGCAGCAUUUGCUGCAGCAGCUCAGACUCGACUGCAUGCGCUGUGCAGCAGCAACGAGCGCAGCAGCACUAACACCCAGCUAUUGCUGCUGCACUUCAACCAACAGCAGCAGCAGCAGCAGCAGAUGCUGCUGCAGCUGCUGCAGUGGGUAAGCACAGAGGCUGUUGCAUCUCUGUCGCACUUUUGCUGCUGCUUCUCCCGCGUUGCUGCUUUUGUGUGGCAGCGGUGUACAGCACUGCAGCAGCAGCAGCAGCAGCAGCAGCACCAGCGGCGCUGCUCCGAGCAGCUAGCUGAACUCCGUUCUCCCACUCAGCAACAGGAACAGCAACAGCAGCAGCAGCAGCAGCAGGACUGCCUCUGUGGUUCAUGCGAGACAUCUGCUGCUGCUGCUGCACCUGGAGGCUGCGUAUGGAAUCGCGAGCUGCUGCUGCUGCUGCUGCAGCAAAAUAAAGGCGUAGGAUCUGCAUGCAUCUCCUGGCUCGCUGCUGCUGCUUCAGCAGCAGACCGGCUGCUCUCGUUGCUGCAGGCACCUAACAAGGAGCGUGCCACUGCUGCUGCUGCUGCUGCUGCUUCCCUGCGCUUCCCAGUCAGUGGCCUUGGCGGCGAAUCCCGGUCUUGUACGGCAAGCUCCUCUGCAGCAGCAGCAGCAGCAGCAACAGCAGCAACAGCAGCAGAUUAUCUUUCUACUGUUAAUGGCUCAGACUGUUUUGUGGCUCUGUCUGAAAUGCCCAAUGAAGAGCAGCAGCAGCAGCAGCAACAGCAGCAGCAGCAGCGUGCCGUGCUGCUGUGGCUGCGGGCAUCACUAGGCUCCGCGUUGUCCUCGGCUCUGCUGUUUGGCUGGCCAGACAGUAGCAGCAACUGCAGCAACAGCAGCAGCAACCACAGCAGCAGCAGCAACGAAAGUCCAAGCAGCAACUACAUCACCCUCAACAACAACAGCAGCAGCAGCAGGGCUGCUGCAGAUGUUCCUGCUGCUGAUGAUGGCUCUGGCUGCUGCUGCUGCAAGCCGUGGGUUGCGCUGGCUGUUUACUGGAACCGACAGCAGCAAUCCCGCGCAGCAACGGCAGCAGCAGCAGCAGGAGUAGCUGCUGCUGCGUCAGCAGCAGCAGCAGCUGCUGCUGCUGCAUCCGCAACAGGAGUAGCUGGGAGUUCGUCAAGUUGGGGCUCAGCAGCACGUCCGCUGCAGCUGCAGCAGCUGCAGCGAGAGCUGAUGAAGGAGCAGCAGCAGCAGCAGGUUUGCUGCUGCACCUGUUGGUGGGCUGCUGCAGCACGACGGACGUGGCAGGCGAAGCAGCAGACACGUAAAGCAUUCUGCGCCUUGCUGUUGGCCCUGCAGCAGCAGCAGCAGCAGCAAGGGGUCACCCUCGACGCGCUAUUUGCGGCCUACGACAACGAAACUGCUGCUGCUGCUGCUGCUGCUGCUUCCUCUUUGGAUGCUGCCUCCCCCUCACCUCGUGCUGCAACGGCUGCUGCAUAUUUACUGCAGCAGCAACUCCUCAGCUGUUGUGUUGUGGUGGCUGCAGCAGGGAGGAGGGCAGCAGCAGCAGCAACAGGAGCUCCAGCAGUACCCGCAGCAGCAGCAAACGCAUCAGCAGCAGCAACGGCAGCAGCAGCAGCACGAGAGGAAGGCCCUGGUCCUUCGUUGGCUAUGCUGCUGUUAACUCCCCAAACGUUUUGUGUUUCUCUGGGGUGUGGGGUUGCAGCACCAGCAGCAGCAGCAGCAGCAACAGCAACAGCAGCAACAGCAAGUUAUCAACACGCAACACCCAACAUGCUUUCUGUGACGGAGUUGCUGCAGCUUGUGGGUGAUCUGGGGUCAGCAGCAGCAGCAGUUGAGGAUUAUCUGCUGCAGCAGAACAUUUUGCUGCUAUGUGCUGCUGCGCUGCUGCCCUUCUGGCGGGCUGCAGCCUUCGACCAGGAACAGCAGCAGCAGCAGCAGCAGCAGCAACAGCAGCAGCAGCAGCAGGAUGUUGACAGCCUUAUAAAAGAAUAUGAGGAAUGCCGCAGUGUAGCAGACAAUCAAUAUGCUGCUGCACUUAUUCUCCUGCAGCUGUGUCGUGCUGUUCUUGCUGCUGCUGCUGCUGCUGCUGCUGCCACUGCUGCUGCUUCAGAAACGGUCAGUGAAGGCAGCAACAGCGGAGUAGGGCCUCUUGCUGCUGCUGUUGCUGCUGCUGCUGAUGCAUGGCUUGCAACAGGUGUGCGGCAGCUGCAGUCAUGGGCAGAACUGCAAGUGAAUCGUCUGCUGCCCCUUGCUGCAGCUGUUGAUAAGGCCCUCUGCAGCAGCAGCAGCAGCAGCAGCUCUCAGACAAACAGCAGCAGCAGCAGCAGUGCGGUGCGGGCUUUACGUCGUGCUGUAGAAUCAGCACAGAGGCAACACGCUAGUCUCAUGCAUGCGGCAAGCAGCAGCAGCAACAGCAACAGCAGCAGCAGCAGCAGCAAUAGGAAGGGCACCGGUGGUGAGUAUGGCUCUUUAUCUGCUCUUUCUGCUGCUUAUUUUGUUGCGCUGCACUCUCAAGCAGCAGCAGCAACAAUAGAGGCGGCAAGCAGCAGCAGCAGCAGUAGCAGCUCGGCGGCGUUGCGUUUUGCUGCAGCUGAGGAGGUGCUGCUGCUGCAGCUUUCGGGUCAGCUGCAGCAGAAGCAGCAGGAGCAGCAACAAGGUUCUUCUUCUUUGCUGCAACAGCAGCGCGUCUUUCUUCUGACGUUGCAGCAAGUUGAGUAUGUGCUGCGAGCAGCAGGUGUAUUUGUGCCACAGCAGCAGAAUGCUGCAGCAGCAGAUACUGCAGCAGCAGCGGCAGCAGCGGCAAAGAAGUCCUUGCCCUUCCUUUUGCUUCCUCAGCGAUGGCUGUCCCCAGAAACGCAUGCAUGCGUUGCGCGCUUCUUGCUGCAGCUGCUGCUGACACAGAAGCACCAAGAACAGCAGCAGCAAGGACAGCAGCAGCAACAGCUAAUACAGCACCAUGCUGGUGUCUCCUCAGCAGCAGCAGCAACAUCAGCAGCAGCAACUGCAGCUGCAGCAGCACCAAAAGGAGGUCCCUCCAGCAUUAGCCCAUUGGUCUUGUGGGGUGCUGCUGCUGCAGUGGGCGAAGCAGCAGCAGCUGCAGCUGCAGCAGCAACAGCAAGUACAGCGUCUGCUGCAUGCAGCAGCAAAGCUCUUUCCAAUGUACCGCUGUCUCGUAGUCUGCUGCCUUGCAUGCUCAUCUCCAAGGGCUCAAGCAGCAGCAGCAGCAACAGCAGCAGCAGCAGCAGCAGCAGCAAGGAUCUAUGGCCUGUCUCCUUUGUUGAGGGCUUCAAGCUGCAGCGAGUCUUAGGCAGCAGCCGCGGGCGGCCUCCGCUUGCUGCUGCUGCUGCUGUUGCUGCUGCUGGUGGACAUUUUGCAUUCGGAGGCGUGUCUUCCUUUGCUUCUUCUCUGCUGCUGCAGCAGCAACAGCAGCAGCAAACAACUCUCUGGGCAGCAGCAACACUGGAGGGCGUAGCAGCAGACACAACUACUGCAUGCGAUUUGCUGCUGGCAGAUCUGCAGCAGUGCUGCCGCUGCUGCUAUGCCUUGCUACCUGCGCUGCGGCUAGCCAUGGCGCUGCUGCUGCUUCUGCUGCAGCAGGGAUACCCGGCUCUCGAUGCUGCAGCAGCACAGCUUGAAGCCCAGCAACAGCAGCAGCAGCAGCAACAGCAGCAGCUGCAGCCGCGCUUCUUCAGCUGGGAACAGACACAUUACCUGACAGCAAAAGAACCGCUGCUGCAGUGUUUGCUGCAGCAGGUGCCGACUGCUUCUGCGUCUUCUAAAGCAGCAGAAGCAGCAGCAGCAGCAGCAACAGCAACAGCAACAGCGGCAGCAGCAGCAGCAGCAGAUCCAGCAGCAGAAGAAGAGGCACCGAAGCAGCUGCAGCUGUGGCAUCCGUCACAUACACCUCCGCAGUGUCAUUUGCAGGUGCAGCAGCAGCAGCAGCAGUUCGUGCUGCUGCUCUCCUUGCUGAAGUGCUGCCUUGCUGCUUGGAGGGAACUUGGCAGCAGCAACAAUCCCCGUUCUGAGCAGCAGCAGCAGCAGCAGCAGCAGGAAAGCAAUCGUUGGGGCAAGCUGCUUCCAAUAAAAGACAGAGCCAGUUGGCUGUCUCUUCUUGCUGCUGCUGCUGCAGCCUCCAGCAGCUGCAGCGACAGCUGCUGCAUCCUUUUGGACAGCAACCACCGAUCUACCAAACGGCUACUCAGCAGCAGCAGCAGCAACAGCAGCAGGAGCAGCAGCAAACUCCUCCGCGCAUGCAGCAGAGGCCUCGGUAGUAUUGGUCGAGCAGCAGGAGAGACGGCAGGAGGAGGAGGAGCAGCAGCAGCAACAGAAGUAUUGUUAAGGACUUCAUCACCUGCAGCAGCAGCAGAACUGCGAGCAGCAGCAGCAGUUGCUGCUGGUGCAGCAGCAGCAACAGAAGCAGCAGCAGCAGAAUGUGAAAGUGCUGCUGCUUGGCGUUGGAUAAGGGCUACAGGGAUGCAGGUGGGGGCCCCACACCUCCAAGGGGUUAGCGAGUUGCUGCCCCCCUACGCGGUAAUAAUGGCUGAGUUGCAGCAGCUGCAGAUACACCUGAAAAGUAUGCAGCAGCAAUUGCAGCAGCAGCAACAGCAGCAACAGCAGCAACAGCAGCAACAGCAGCAGCAGCAGUUCGAGUUGGUGGGGUUGGGAGGGGCUAAAGAACGAAUGUUCUUGGCGAGCUGGGCACUUUCCCUCAUUCAAUAUUACAGCAAGCAGCAGCAGCAGCAACGACAGCAGCAGAAGCAGCAGCAGCAACAGCAGCAGCAGCAGCAGCAGCUGAAGCUGCAUCUACGAAAGUUGUGUUGUUUUGCUGCGGAGAGACUCAUGGCAGGAAGUCCUCCCUCUCAUGAGCAGUGCAAGCUGCUGCUUGUCCUUGAGCAUAUGUUGCAUGCACUGCAGCAGCAACAGCAACAGCAGCAGCAACAGCAGCAGCAACAGCAGCAUGAGGACCGGAUGGUGUGGGGGAGAGGGGGGUUGUGUCUUACGAGGUGGCAGCAGCAGCAGCACGCAGCAGCAGGCAGCAGCAGCUGCUUCCUUGCUGCUUCUUAUGAUCUUGAGUAUCUCUACGUCUGUCGUCCCUUCCCUAAGCCCCUUGUUAGUGCCCUCGCAGCAGCAGCAGCAGCAACAAUAAGAACUGACGCAGCAGCAGCAGCAACAACAGCAGCAACAGCCUCUUCAGCGCCUGCUGCUGCUGCUACUGCUGCUGAGGUGCAACAUAGUGCUGCAGCACAAAUUUUCUUUUGGGACUGCAACAAGAAAGGUGCAGCGCUACGUUUGCUGCAGCAGCAGCAGCAACAGCAGCAGCAGCAGCAGGAGCUGGCGUGCAUGCCCACAAGCCUUAGCUGCCCACCCUAUUCCUGUAAGGGGGAUGCAAGCAGCAGCAACUAUCCUCCUUCGCUGCUGCUGCUGCUGCGACAGCAGCAAUGGCUGCAGUGGUGUAUAGCUGUCGCCUCAGGGAGAGCUGCGCAGCUACCUAGCAGCUGCCGCCAACAGCAGCAGCAGCAGCAGCAGCAACAGCAGCAACAACAGCAACUAGAUAGGCAGAGUCAGCAACACACGGCUGAAGUCUGCAGCUUAGAGGGCGAAAUACCGCCAGCAGCAGCAGCAGCAUCAACAGCAGCAGCAGCAGCAGCGCAGCAGCAGCAGCAGCAGGAUAGAUUUCAAUUUCUGCAGGAAUGGUGGGCUGAGCGUUGGCUACUAGAGAAACGAAGCGAAGAAUGGCAGCAGCAGCUGCUGCUGCUGCUGGGCCCUUCUGUGCUGCUGCUGCAGGGAUGGCCGCUGCUGCAGCUGCAUGACGUUGCUUCUCUAUCAAGACACCCGAGGACUUAUAGCGGAGAGCAGCAUGUGCUGCAAGCAGCAGCAGCAACGGCUGCUGCUGCUGCUGCUGCUGCUGCUGUUAAUACUCCUGCCUGCGGUGAUACGGUUGCUGCUGCUGCAUGCAAAGGAAAGAAAGCUGCAGCAGCAGCAGCAGCAGCAAGCGUUGACGAUGCUGCGCUGCUGCAGCGAAUAGCAGCACCUGUCCAUCGAAUCAUCUGCUGGCUAAGGGGAUGGGCAUGCGAAGCACCGAAGCAUCAGCAGCAGCAGCAGCAGCAGAAGCAGCAGACGCAGCAGCAGCAGAAGUCAAUUCCCUCCUGGCUAGUCUGCACCUGCAGCGAUGUGCACGGAGGAGCAGCAGCAAGCAGCAAACCACCGUCAUACGGAUCGCAGCAGCAGCAGCAGAAGCAGCAGCAGCAGAAGCAGCAGCAGCAGAAGCAGCAGCAGCAGCAGCAGCAGCAGCAGCAGCGCGAGCCGCUUAUCAGGCCUUUGUCGGAAUGGAUCACUUCUUCGUCUUCUGCUGCUGCUGCUGCUGCUGUGCUGCCUGCUCUUGCUGCUGUCUGCUGCAGCUUGUGCUGCACCCCAACCUUGGAGAUUGAAGUUGCUGCAGAUGCUGCUGCUGCUGCUGCUGCUGCUUGGGCAGCAGCAAUCGCGGAGCACCAAACAGCUGUCUACUGCACCGAUCUGUAUGCGCACCAGCAGCAGCAGCAGCAGCAACAACGACAACGGCAGCAGCAGCAGCAGCAGCAGCAGCAGGUUGUUUCCUUAGUUUACGGCGACUUCGAGACCGCGCUGCAGCAGGAGCAGCCAAUGCCUCUGCGCCUCUCCCAAGGGACUGCCGCAACAGCAGCAGCAGCAGCAGCAACAGCAGCAGCAACAGCCGCAGCAGCAGAAACGGAUGUAGAUUUAACCCGCACACGCUCAAGGUCUUUGAGGAAAACAGCAGCAGCAGCAGCAGCAGCGGCAGCAGCAAGACUUGGUCCUCGGUAUCGUGCAGCUAGCGCAACAGCAGCGGCAGCAGCAACAGCAGCUGCAGCAGCAGAAGCAGAGGGUGCCUGCACUCCAAGAAUCCACCGAGCACAGAGCAGCAGCAUUGCUGCUGCUGCUGCAGCAACAGCGGGCUGUCUUGUUGCGGCGAGUCCCUGUUCUGCAACAGCAGCAGCAACAGCAGCAGCAGUAUCGGGGAGGGCGUUGCUCCAUCAGCAGCAGCAGCAGCAAGUGCAAAAUCAGCAACAACAGCAGCAACAGGUGCAUAGCCAGGAGCAACAGCUGCCGUAUGGAUGCGGUGCCGCUCCUGCUGCUGCAUCUCCUGCUGCUGCUGCUGCAUCUGCUGCUGCUGAUAAGGAAUUAACGCAGCAAUUCAGCAAAGAAAUGCUGCAGCUGGUGGGUGGCCGCUUGCGUCUAUCUCUUGAGGCAUUGGGGCUGCUGCUGCUGCACAUUUUAUCCCCUGUGCUGCAGCAGCAGCAGCAGCACAUAGCAGCAGCAGCAGCAGCAGCAGCAGCACCUGCUGCUGCGGUGCUGCAGCAAGACUGCAGCGUGAAUCCCCUGCUGCUCAACAAAUCCAUCCCUUUGCUGCAGCAGCUAGCUGCUAGCUUCCUCUGCUGCGUCGUCUUGCGGCUGCAAGCUGUGCGACAAGAUCAUUUCCCCUGCAUGCAGCAGCAGCAGCAGCAACAGCAGCAGCAACAGCAGCAGCAGCAGCAGCAGCAAUCUGAAUCAUGUGUAUGUUCCGGUAGCUGCAGCAGCAUCAGCGGCGCUCCCAUCAUCACACUGAGACAUGAAGCCACCUCCAGCAGCAGCAGCAGCAACAGCAGCAGCAGCAGCAGCAGCAGCAGCAGCAGCAGCAGCAGCAGUGUUGCAGUCCUUAUUGAGCGUCCUCUAUGGGCAACAGGAUGUGAGCCCCUCUCCCUGUAUAUUCAUUCUUUGCUGCUGCAGUUGCCUAUUGAGGGUCUUAGUCUGCUGCAGCAGCAACCUCUGUCCCGCGGUGUACACCCAGCUGUUGCUGCUGCCCUGCUGCAGGCAGCAGCAGAACGGAGUGUACAACAGCAGCAGCAACACCUGCAGCAGCAGCAAGACGGAGGCACAGCGGCAGAAGUAGACGGGAAACGAACAGCAGCAGCAGCAGAAGCAGCAACAGCAGCAGCAGCGGAAGCAGCAACAACAGAAGUGACAGCGGUAGCAUCAAAGAAAACAUCGCCAGAGCCAGCAGCAGCAGCAGCAACACGGGCAACAGCAGCAGCAGUAACAGCAGCAGCAGCAGCAGCAGCAGGUGUUGCUAAUUCAGGUGUACAGACACCUCGCAGGUGUUGCCGUUCUGUGGGGCCAUCGGCUGUUUCUGUUGCAAGUCCCUUCCUGCUGCAGAGCAGCAUGAGAUCAGCAGCAGCAGCAGCAGCAGCAACAGCAGCAGCAGCAGCAGCAACUCCUUCAUCGUCGCAGCACCGACGUGUUGCAGCAGCAGCAGCAACAGCUAUGCGAGCAGCAUACGGCAACACACCGCACCGACAGCAGCAGCUGCUGCAGCUGCAACUGCAACUGCAGCAGCAGCAGCAGCAGCAACCAAGACAGAAGGUGUCCCUAUUGGAUUUCAAUAUACAGCUGGAAGACCACUGGUCCGACGAUAGCAGCAGCAGCAGCAGCAGCAGCAAGUGCAGCAGCAGCAGCAGCAGCAGCAGCAGCAGCAGCAGUGGUGCUUUAAUCCUCCGUCCUCUUAUGUAUGGCGAAGUCUUACAUCGUUGGAAGCGCGCAACGAGCACCAGCAGCAGCAGCAGCAGCAGCAACAGCAGCAGCAGCAGCAGCAGCAGCAGCAAAUUAUAUGAUAACGAGUGGCUGUCGCUGCUGCUAACAUCUGAGGUAUUUUUGUAUUGUGGUCAUCAAGGAGGAGAACAAUUUGUAGAUGUCUCCUUGCUGCAGCGGUGUCUCCUUCUUCCUCAGCAGCAGCAGCAGCAGCAGCAAGCAGCAGCAGCAGCAGCAGCACAGAGGCCACACCCUAGAUCCGCAGCAAAUGCUGCUGCGCUGCUGUGUGGCUGCAGCAGCGCACAGCUGCGCAGCAGCAAAGAAGGAGGAGAACCAUCAGGCACUGUCAUUGACUACUUAACAGCAGGAUGGUAA